AAAACAUUUGCUCACAACACGUUAUUCGCUAUCGGCAAUAAAGCAAUGUCUCGCGUUGGAUUAAAAAUAAUAUUUCAUUUAUUGUGCUUUUGUCCGACAAGUGAGGCAGAGCUAGAGCUAAGCCCAAAAACAGUUUAUGAAUUGCUAGUUUAUGAAACCACGAAUCUGAAAACCGAGCUGGCAGAAACUAAAUCUCUUGUUGAAGGAAUAGAGAAGAAGAUUGAACAAAUUGGUUCCAAUGUUUCAUUGAUAGCAAACAAAGUGGACAGAUUUGUGGGAGAAAGAUCGAAGUCUCUUACAAAUGGGAACGUCAAAACUAUUACAAAUGCUUCUGACGCAAUGUUUCAAAGUGAUUUUGAGAUGCAAUCAGCAGUAGUCCGCAAAAUGCUCAUUAAUGAAAAAACGCAUUUAAGAAAUACAUUAAAAAAGUUUGAAAACAAAAUUAAAAAGUUUCAGUCGGAUAUUGAAAACCGAUUCACAUUGAUAAAUUUAAAGGAAGAAAUGAACGUAGAUUUUGAAAGUAAACUCAAUGAUUCGGAGGCAAAAGUGAGUCAGCGUAUAUCUUCCAUCGACGCGGACCUGCAGAGUCAACUCCGUAUAAUAUCGUCAAAGCAAGAAGAACAGCAAGACACGCUGUCUGAUCUGAUUAACGCUACAAACACACGGAUUGCAGCAGAAAAGGAUAGAAAAGUUUCAUUUUCUGCAGAAACAACAGGGACACAGCUUUUAUAUGUGAACAAAAAGUUGCCUUCUGGUAAUAGAAGGGUAUUUUUUAGAAAAAUAAUAUUUAAUCACGGUGGAGGGUUCGGCCGCUCUAAAACAAAAUUCACAGCACCUAAGUCAGGCACAUACUUGUUCACAUUUGACAUUGAACCAGAAAAUUCCGGUUUUAUACUGAUGCAUAACAAGAGGGUCCUAGCACGUCAAACUGCCAAUAAUAAAGCUGUUAUAGGAAUAACAUAUGUAAGCGCUGGAGAAAAAGUUUGGGUGCAAAAUAACGUGGAAGGAGAGGAGCUCAAAUAUGUAGCUUAUGGAAGAUUCAAUGGCAUUUUAAUUAACUGAACAAAAUUAAAACAAAUCUGUAUUAGAACUGAGUAUAAGACUUAGACUAUUUUAGUUAGUAACCUUAAACUUUAUAUGUGUUAAGAUCUCCUACUAACUUGCACAAUUUAAGAGUUAUAACCAUUUGCAAUGUUUUAUGAUUAAUUUCCUUUUCACAGUCAAAUUGAGUCUGUAUUUUCAAUUUUGACGCGCUUUGCUUUCAAUAGGGAAUCAGUUUUUCUCUAUAUUUUUUGAAUUUUAAUAUGUGGAUAGAUCUUAUUUGUGGGAAGUGCAGUGGAUAUAAACUAUAACUCUCCAAGGUGUGAUUGCAAUAAAUCAUUCCAAUUCAAUAAAAGAGGAUAGAUUUAACCUUUUGGGAUAAUUAAUAAAUCAUUUGACCAAAAUUGUUAAUUUUUUCACUAAUUAAAAUAUUAGUAACAAAGUAAUUAUAAUUUUAACUUGUUAUUAUCAAUAAAAUUGAAUAACUAUUUAUUAUUUGUAAAAUGGUUAUUUAGAAAUAGAUUUAAAAAAGAAGGCAAAAUGUUUUCUUUAUCGCGUUUAUUUUUGAAAAGGGUGAUUUUUAUGUAACAAAUGACUCACAUUUACAGUAUAGCUAAAGCUUUUGAUGAAAUAAAGAGAUAAAUAAUGACACUAAUGUAUUUUGAUGAUUUUUUUAACAAUUCUAAAAAAACUUGUAAAAAUGAGAUUUGCCCGAUAAUAAAACCUUUUCGACAACGUUGUUAGAAUUAUAUAAAUGUUAUGUAAUAAAAAUGUUACAAAAUACUCUCUUUUUGACAUACAGAUUGACAUAUGUACACCAUAUUGGAAAUUAGGAUAAUGCAAAUUCUUAAACGCAAAAUAUACCUUGAAGAACAGAAGCGCGCACAAAUAACAAUAUAUUUCUAAAUCGUAGACAGCUACCAUGUGUGCAUAAAUCCAGCAUUGCGUUUUCUUCUUUAUGUUUAAUUUUCGAUUCAUUUUCAUAACGCCAAACAAAAAAGUAGGUAAAAGGUACACGGCAUUAUUGACUUAAUAUUUCAUUUGAAUUACUUUUUACAACGCAGCGUUGGCUAUGCAGUUGAACGUCUGACGUCAUCAUUUACUUGCGCCUCUAUUUCACAAUGCUUUGAAAAUAGUCUAAUAUUGUUAGGUUUUCCUUAUGCACUUGUCGUUUUGAAAGACCUUGGUUGAGUUCAGAAGCAUGAAAAACACUUUUUUAAAAACUCGAAACUUUUAUUUAUUUAUAAAAAGAAAGAGAUAUGUUCAGAUUAUUGUUUGGUUCAUAUAGAAUCAUUAAAGAAAGUUAUCUUUGUAUGAACUUAUGCUUGUUGUGUAUAUUAAGUUGUCUUAUACAUUAUUUUUUUAACAUAGUGUCGCUUUUUUUAACUAUUUGAGAUAUACGGUUACCAUGGAAACUGUCAUUUUAAAAACACAAACCCAACACGUCUACAUAUUUUUUUCUUUUAGUUUUUGAAUUCGCCAUUAAAUUUUACUUAUCAUACAAAAAAAAAAAAAAAUGAAAACAAAUAUGAAAGGAUUAAAAUUUUCUUAAACUGUAGAAAAUGUCUGUAAGUGAAUUUUGAAGUGGAGGCAGAGAACUCUAAUGUGGGUAUGACUAAAGUACGCAAAAGAGCUGUUUUGACGCAACGCA